AUGUCUUGUCAAGUCUUGUUUCACUACGUACCAAAAGACUUUACAAAGAAAUUUAUAACGUUUGCCUUAACAACAGAGUUGGCAAAGAGUUAUUCUAAAGAGAAGAUCACAUACGCUGAAACGAGCUUUGGUCAUUGCCCAAGUUACAGGAUAAACAUUGAACUUCAAGAUGAAGUCGGUCUUCAGCAGGUUGAAACUGUGUUACUCGAGAAGUGGUUUGAAUUCGUUAAGAAGAUUGAACAUGAUGCUUGGAUGGAGGUUUUGUCCACAGACCGACGGAUGCACAAAAUUGUCAAUGAUGCAAACUUAUUGAUUUCUUUUAGAGACGUCAAAGUGUGUGGAGGUGCUUUGGUGUGUCCUAAUAAAUUUGUCAAUCAUUGGAAAGCAGCUAACCAUUCUCCUUUUUCGCUAAUUGGUCAGGGCGAUCCUACAGAAAGCUGGGAAGCAGCGUUUGAUCAUAACAGAGAACUAAUCGAAAUCAAAGGGUAUGAAGAGACGGUACAAAUACCAUAUAAUCAUAUUGAAAACAAAAUAGUUGCUAACCGCCAUCAAAGUUCUUGGGAUUUAUACUUUGGACUGAAACAUGUGCCUGAAGUUUCUGAGCUUUACCAGGCAAAGACAGGGAUACGAGCUUUGUCCAUCAGUUCAGUCGACAAAAAGGAUUUCGGAAAUACUUCUGUCAUCUAUUUGAAUAUUUCAGACGAACGUAACAGUUCUUCUAAACAGACCGAGCAGGAUAUUUGGGUUGUAUUGAAAAGGCUUCAAAGACGUGGCUUUUCAUUAGUCUACGCUGACAUCAAAGACAGCUCGCCACAAGAAGAGGAUCUGACAUACAAACUUCCACUCGAUACGUUCGAUCUUGAGUACGGAUGGAAGUGUUUUCUCUCGUGCGGUUACAAAGUCACAGACACAAUCACUCCAGAGUCAAUCCUGAUUCUAAAGAAACACAUGACUGCUUUGACCCCGGAUGUUUUUCACUUGAUGGCAAAUAAUGCUGAAAACAACCAAUUCUUUGAUUUCCAAAAUGCAUUGACAGAAAGUCUAAGAGAGAUCCGCAACACGAAUGAGGAGGAGGAGGAGUUACCUCCCCAUUUUACCAUGUCCCGCAGACUGGUUGUGACUCCUAGUCGUGUGAUUCCACUGGCAAAGGAACCUGUCGUCCUAAACAGAGUAAUUCGCCAGUACGACGAUGACUACUUUAUACGCGUAGUUUUCCGAGAUGAAGAUUUUACUAGGCUAAGUGCAAGCGGGAAUGGUCUGUGCAACAUUUCUGAGAGGAUACGUGAAUUUAUGGACGAAGGGUUUAAAAUUGGAAGUAGGCAUUACGAGUUUCUAGCCUGCUCCAAUAGUCAACUGCGGGACCAUGGAGUGUGGUUCUUUUGCCCAAACAACGGCAUAACGUCAAAGACGAUCAGAAAUGAUCUUGGCGAUCUGAGCGAAGAAAGGUGUGUUGCAACGUAUGUAUCGCGUAUGGGCUUGUGUUUCUCUGCUUCAAAGGCUACUCUUGCAGUCGACGAUAGGAAAGUAGAGUUCAUUCCGGAUAUUGAAAAUGAAUCUUACUGUUUCACAGAUGGAAUCGGCAAGAUCUCUGUUUCUCUGGCUGAAAAGGUAGCGGAAACAUUGAAGCUGGAUGAGGUACCGUCGGCAUUUCAGAUUCGAUACGGCGGUUGUAAGGGCGUGGUAGCGCAGGAUCCCACACUCGGGCCCCAAGAUCAAAUGCAUAUUAGUACAAGCAUGAAAAAAUUUGAAUCCCCUUCAAAGCAUCUGGAAAUUCUGCAAACCUCACGUCCAGGGCAGCUGCAUCUCAACAAGCAAGUGAUUACUUUGAUGUCGGGACUUGGUGUGGCAGACCACGUGUUCCUCGGCCUGCAGGAGAGAAUGCUAUUCAACAUGGCCGACAUGUUAUUAGAUGAUCAGGAAGCCAUGCAAGCGCUGACCCAGGUGAACCUUGGGAUAAAAUACAAGGACUUGAAGGCGGCCGGUAUAUCUUUUACAAACGAGGUUUUCUUCAGGUCGGUUUUAUUGACGAUAUACAAAAACAAACUGAGAGAGUUGAGUCGGAAAACUAGGAUUGAGAUACCGCCUGACAAGGGGAGGAUAAUGAUGGGGAUAAGUGAUGAGACAAAGACAUUGGAAUAUGGACAAGUCUUUGUCUCUUAUACGAAGGAUGACGGAAUUACCGAUACUGGUAUUGAGAUCCUGGAAACAGAAGUCGUAGUUACCAAAAAUCCCUGUUUUCAUCCAGGUGAUCUUCGCAAACUCCUGGCCAUUGAUGUGCCAGAACUGCAUCACCUCGUAGACUGCAUUGUGUUCCCUCAAAAAGGACCUCGGCCACACCCAGACGAAAUGUCAGGCUCGGACUUGGACGGAGAUAUGUAUUUCGUUUGCUGGGAUAAGACACUGUAUCCUCCAAGAGAAAAUAAAACCCCGAUGGAUUUCCCAAAAUGUGAGAAAAUGAAACUUUCUCGACCAAUAGAGGUAAGAGACGCCACGAAAUUCAUAUCCGAGUACAUCAAAGUCGACCAGGUUGGUGUCACUGCAAAUGCCCAUGUUGUCCAUGCAGACUUGAAAAGCAUUUCCUGCGAUGAAUGUAUACAGUUAUGCAAGGUGCAUUCAGCAGCUGUCGACUUUCCAAAGACAGGACAUGUUCCUCUGUUGGCUACAAAUCUAAGGCCUAAUAAGUACCCAGACUUCAUGAUGAAAUCCGACAAACCUCGCUAUACGUCGACCAAAGUUCUCGGAAAGUUAUAUCGCCAGUGUAGGUCUUUGGAGCUGGCUAACAGUCGCACAUAUAGUGUUGAUUUACUCUCUCCUACGAUAGACCAGGACAUGAUAUACGAGGGAUACCAGAAGUUUAAGGAUUCCGCCCGUCGAUAUGUAAACGGUUACAAUGUCAAAAUCUUACGAUUGAUGACGCUUUACGGAAUCCGUUCUGAAGCGGAAGUUGUCACCGGUGUCAUUCAAAGUGUGAACACAAAACGGGGUUAUUUCCCAAAUGAAAGAUUCGAUAUAGCGCAGGUAGUCAAGGCGAAAGUUAAAGCUAUUAGACAGAAAUGCCGAAAAGACUUCUUCGAUGAAUUUGGUGGUGAAGAGCGUUGCCUCAAAACGCAUACAAAUGGAAAUUGCGACUAUCUAGCAAAAGCUUCAGCCUGUUACAUUGCAUCUUACAAAAGAAACACACAUGGGGAAAUGAUGGUGAGCUGUCCGUGGACUUUGAGCGAUUUACUUGUUACAAUAAAAUCACAAUCCCCUUCCCAAACUUACCUUCAAGCAAGCGUCAAUCCUGUACAUGUCAAAAUUGGAUCGUCGAUCUAUCAACAUUUUUUUUCUAACGACGAGGAAGGAUUAAACUCUUUCAUCCCAGCAACACUCCGAGAGCGUCGUGAUUAUAAAUCGAUCAUAGCCUUUCUUCUCGGCUGGGCCAGGAAGUUUGAUCUGAUCGGUGAAUCCACGGAGGUCGUUUUUGUGAAAUUGAUUCUGACGAUUCUGUCAGGAGACCAACAAGCAGCAGAAAAACGGCCGGUCAUGGCCUCACAAAGCACUUCGAGGACCAGGUGUGAGAGGUCGCGGUUUCCGAGCAGCGGCGUUACACAAAACGAGAAAGAACAUACAGCAUACCUUUUGAUGAAAACAUUGAGAAGCUUGAGGCUCAAAUUGAAACCAAACGCAGCUGGUGAAGUAGAUCUUCCACAGCGAGAUCCUACCUGUUUUAUCCCAGGAAUACUAAGUUCCAGAAAAUGUCAACGCGUGGCUGACGAAAUCCUCUUCGCUUACCAAGAAAUUGCGAAGAAUAGAUCUGUAGCGGUAUUCUUCGAUCAAACGAUCAAGGAAGAAGAUUCCAUGAGGAUCAAUUUGUCAUUAAGUGUAUUAAGAUCCGUGAUGGGUGCGGAACAUUAUGUGGAAGAAAGACUGUUCAAAGAAUUCGGUUGUACGGUUAAAUUUCAUGAUAUGCCCUUCGGAGACACACCGGGACUUAUGUUGGAAGCCUGGGGUAGUCCAGAGCAGCUGUGGAAUGUCCGUCAAUCUCUACAUGAUCUUGAAGAAAACGUGUCACUCAGCACUGUUGAGAAAAAGGAUUCGACGAUUUCUGACGGUGCUUUCAAGUGUGUAUAUAGGGGUUCGACAUGUCCUAGCGAUCGACUUACACUAACAGCAUAUUACGGCCACAGAAAUCCUUUUCAUCAACAUAAAAAGUUAUAUACAGCUUCAGUACAUUCAGUAAACAGUGCCGAAGCUUCCAAUCCGACAGUUUUCAGACAGUUUGUCAAUGAACGAUUGGCAAUAUUACGCCAAGACUUCGUCCGAUUAUACCAUGGGGAUUUGUGGAUAGCUCUUAACUUUGGAACAUAUUAUCUCUUCGAAGAAGGCAAUGUUCCCAUACAGUAUACAGUUGCGGAAUUGGAAUCCAAACUCUUUGAAAACACAAAAAUCAGUUAUUCUGGUCGCCGUCGUGGUUACAGCAAUGUGCAACAGAUCCGAGGAGCAUUUAUGCCGCAACAAAUCAAUAUGAGCAAAGUUAAUGCAGUACUGGAAGAACUAUCGUUUAGAUCCUGUUCUCAGCACGUGAAAUACCAGGCACGUGUUGGCUCUACAGGGUUACUCGAGUUUGAUGAAAACUUCAGAAUUAUAGAGUUGCGUUCACCUGCUAUACAAUGGAUGACGGUUGACAUCUGUCGAGGACUAACGGAAAAGAGAACCAAACGACUUGAUGUUCGCUGCAAAUUAAGGUCUGAAAGAAAGGGAAAUGUAGCAAAUAAGAAUCAAAAGAUUCUUACCAAAACAGAGCAAAACCGUUUGAAGGUAACUUGUUCUCCCGUAGGUAUUGUUACGUUUGCCAGAGAGAAACAUGUGAGGUGUUAUCGAUACGAAGGUACUAACUCAGACGACAAGAUUCUACAAGACCUGGAUAUUGAGAUAUCGACAGUGUCUGAAUAUUCCGAUCUCUCACCUGAUGGAACAUUCUCGAAUGUUGUGACGAAAGAGGAACUAACUCUGAUACCCAAAUUACCGUCAUUAGAUGAGGCGGAUGAUGAAUGGGUCGAAUACAUCGACGGGAUAUCGAGACUCAUAGAAUACUUCGCCGAACGUCUUGACUGAAGGCUGACAGAUGACCUGCUGCUGUCGGCUUAGAAACAAUCACAAACCCCAGGAAUGAAGGAGAGAUUCACCAAUCGAAUGCUACAUUUCCGUGGAAUUUGAACUGUGUUCCUCCUGAGAGGACUUGAGUGGAUUGCGUAAUUACUGUAGUUAUCAUGUUUUUUUAACCUAACGUUAUUACUUUGUAUGCGUGGUUGUGUUAACAUGUUUCAUAGUCUAACAAAACUCAGGGUAGAUGACAUUCCUACUACAUUGUCCGUCUGUCAAGUUUAAAUUCUUAUAUUUGAAAUUCUAUUUAAGCUCGAUUCGAUGAAAAUCUUUCAUAUACCCUAGUUAAUUCGUCCAUUGGUUUGAGUAGAUUUGAGUUUCAUAUGUGUAUGAUUUCACAUAAACUAUUAUUUAUUUUAUUUUUAUUUGUUUAUAUGCGGAUAUAUUAGAAGGUCCUGGCAGCGGUGGCCGAGUGGUUAAGGUGUCCCGGCAUUUUAUCACUAGCCCUCCACC